AUGCCACGGCAAGCCUACCCAGCCCUCCAACGGAUGCUGCAUCCGACUGCAGGGGUCAUCCUGGGAAAUCGGCCAUGGAUUACCGCAGGUACCCAGGCAGUAGCUCAACGCGUUAGCCCUUAUGCGGCACAAAUGCUACAAUACCAGGCUGUGCAAUCAUCGAAUCGCAACCCACAUACAUCCAUGCCACCGGCUAAUCUCCAGCCGCCCGAAGCAGGUCGAGGAGCGCAGGGACCGUCUUCCACGCGGGAAGGGCAUAUCCGUGCUCGCCUGCCGGUCACAAGAGUUGUCUUACCUGCAUACAUGCCGUCUCCGGCACCAAUUACCAACACAAGCGGUGUGCCGUAUGAUGAGAGCAUGUUUCGGCAGCUGCACGAGAACCUGCGUAACAUUCGCGAGGCUGAACACUUCCAGAACAAUUCCACCGCUCACCCACCCUCGUCAGCUACCAAAACCAAUCUCAACAAGCUCUUCGACAGAUAUCGCGACGACCCAAGGAGCAACCCAGACAGUAUCGGGUUAGAUGGUGCGAGCAACUACUUCCACGACAUCGGGGUCGAUCUCGAGGAUGUCGGCCUCUUCAUCGUCUCCGAGAUCGUGCAGAGUCCAAGCAUGGGCGAGCUAACGCGGGAGGGGUUCGUGAACGGAUGGAGUAGUCUUGGGUAG